AUGACGAGAGCCAAGAAACGAGCAAGAGCACGCUGCUCCUUCUCCGUUUCUCGAUCUUUUUUGGGUGAGUGGGGCCACCAGAGAACAACCACUGUUACAGGAAGGAACGAGGCAGGGGCGAUGCAGUUUGGCAUCGGUGGCGUGCCGGAACCGAUUUUGUGUGGGGAGGCAGUGGGAACGGCGACGAAGCAAAAGACCAGACAGGAUACGUUGUCUCGUUAUAAGUGUAGUCGCACGUCGUAUCGUAAUGCUGGGCCGGGGCCAAUUGCACACAAGAGGCAGCUGCGAAUUUAUUUACCGAACGGCGACUAUGUUCAAGGCGACUAUGUCAAAUUAAAGAAGGAGCUACCGAAAGUGACAGGAACGAAAGGGAAGAAAGGAGCGUCCCGGAAUCUGGAAGAACCACCUGGGGUCAAACAGAAAAAGAAACUCGCAAUAACGACCCCACCAGAAAAGCAUACGAAUGCACGCGACAUCGGUUUCGAAAGUGGAAAUGAGGCGGCAUACGCAAGCCAGGGGCAUUGGCGGCACUCGGCCAUCAGGACGCAGAUGCAAAAGGCUCGAGAUUCGCUGGGAAAGGAAACAGCGAUCCUUCCCCAACGCGGCGACCUGUCGCGUGCCCACAGACUCAAGGCCCAGGCCUGGCCCACCCACCUACGAGAUGCGUACGCUACUGGGACGCGCCAGGGUUUCGAUCGAACUAAGUGA